AAGCACGUGACCAAGAUGGCCGCACAUGAAAAAUCUUUCACGGAUUUGAUAAUAUCUUCCGAAAAUAUGGACGCUAUUGAGCGUAUUAUGGAGCAAGGAUUGGAUAAUUCCAAAAAUGAUACCAUUGAGGAACUUUGUGCCCAGUUAGAUGUGGACCAGAUCGAGAAUCUGAGGAUUGUAAUGUUCGAAAAAGCUGUAGGAUAUCUUGAAUCGGAAUACAAUGAAUGUUUUGGACCUAUUGAAAACCGCACGCCAGGACAAAUACCCCGAAAGCUUAAGCUGAAACUACGUCGUAACAAGACCGAUAAAGCAGAGCGUAUGGCAAGUGACAUUUGUGAUAUGUAUUUAUAUUUAAACAAGCCUACUACCCAAAAUGAAAAUCGGGCAUUUCCGAGAUCAAUCCUAAGUGAUUCUUCGUUCGUUCCAACUAUCCCUGAUACAGCGAAGCCCACUGAACCUCCCACCCCGGAUUACAGAUCUAUUGAUUUGGAUACCAGACUGGUGAAAUUGACGACGAGGGUGGCGGAUUUAGAGAGGGAGAAUAAAGAAUACAAAAAGGAAUUGAAUACUAUACGUAAGGAAUUGCACGAUAUGAACAACUUGGUAUCAACACAUAUAAAACUGUGCACAUGUAGAACCAUUUCAAAUGGCCAAAACGAAGCUAAUCAAGUUAAUUCUGGCUCUAAGACCAGUGUAUCUGUAUGUGAAACUAACCGUGCACCUGUUGACCUCG